AUCAUCAUCAUCAUCAUCAUCUUCUUCUUCUUCUUCUUCUUCUUCAUCAUCAUCAUCACCAUGAUGAAGAUGAUGUUACACCUUGACUUUGUUGUCUUUAUGGAUCCAACCAGAACUCUUCCAGCAGACAGGAAGCUGAACUCUUUCAGUUUUCAAAAUAAAAGUUUAUCAGGCAUGUCACAGACUCUUUAAAGCUGCUGGUGUUAGUGGGAGGAGUCAGAGUCCUCCUCUUCCUCCUGGUGUCCCUCCUCCUCCUCCUCCUCCUCUUCCUCGCAGCAGACAGACUGAACCUCUGACUCUGAGCAGCUCUUCGGUCUCUAUGUCAGAUUAUUUGGCAGCAGCUGAUUGGUCCUCGGUCACCAGGUGUGAGGCAUCUGCAGGUUUCAGCAGGAAGACGGUCCAGGUUAGCUCCGCCCCUUCAGACUCUUUCCUCCAAUCAUGUUAUCUGUCUGGUGAAGCCCGCCCACAGUUCCUCUCUCCUUCUCCCUGGUUGGAUGGUCUCAGCUGUCAGUCAUUCAGCUACAGCCCGCCUCCUGUUUCCUCUGCCUUAUAUGGGCAUCACACUCUGACUCCUCCCCCUGACUUCCUGCUGUCCUCAGCACCCCCCUCCUCCUCAGCAGGUGAUUGGACGUCACCUGACAGGUGUUCACCAGAGAGGAGAGUGUGUGUGAGCUGCGGGGGGGACAGCGCCCCCCUCUGGAGGAGGGACACUGCAGGUAAACACCUGUGUUACACCUGCAGCAGGAAACAGGAAGUGGACAGGAACACGCCUCUGCUGAGACCCAAGAGGAGAGCUGUUCCCUCGGUGCGACGAGGACCUCCCUGUUGGGACUGUGGGACAGAGAAGACGUCUCUGUGGAGGAGAGACGCUGCAGGACAUCCUGUCUGCAACGCCUGUGGUCUCUACUUCAAACUGCACCAGGUCCGGCGGCCCAUCGCUCUGAAGAGAGACACGAUCCAAACCAGGAACCGAACCGUGACCAACAGGAAGAGGACCAAGAGCAGCCCAGACUGGCCCCGCCCACCAGCUGAGCCUGGGUUCACAGGUGGAACUAUUUGUUGAUGUGGGGCGGAUGGAUACGCUUCAUUUGGCCUCAUUACUUUGUUUGUAUUUCUGUUUGUUGUUUACAAACAUUUAAUAAACAAACUGUAACUUGA